AUGACUCUUCAGCACGUUCCGGAAAAUAAGUUACUGGACUACGAGCAUAAAAUGGACAAACAUCAAAAAAGAUCGCUGCUAAACCUGAUCCGAGAAGGAAUUCUGACAGAUGAAAGUUUUAUCAAUAUCACAGAUUCAUCUACACCUGAGAGAGUACAGGUUCCUAUUCCACGAAUAGUGGACGCUAUGAAGACGGCACAACGAAAAGUGCUGAGCAUGCAUAACAAUAAACCGCUCACCCUCCGGGUGUUUUACGCUAAACACUACUCUUCGGCUAGUUUUGAAAACCAACACAAGGCCGAUCUCGAUGUGCGAUCACUUUCUGCUGGUCGCUUCACUAUGCCUGUGUGGUAUUCAUUUAUGUUCCUAAUUAUGACUUUGGGAACAUUUGGCUCACAUAUCUGGUCACAAGUAACAAAUUACGCAGACCUGCAGAACAGCCUCUCGUUGACUCUGCCAACAAUUAUUCUGGUAGUGUCAAGCCUACUGAUCGGCCUUCUUCUUUACCUCACUAUUUAUAUGGUGGGAUUUUUGUGUUGCUGCGAGAACAACUUUACCGACAAAGGCCUUGCUACGGCCGAUCUCGACUACCCAGCUAUAUACGUGCAUUUCUGUGAGCUGAAUCAAAUCGAGAAGCGAAUCUAUGCCACGAAAGCUAUACAAUUCAUUUUGUUGUGGUAUACGAUGAUUCUUUCAAUUUACGCCAAUCUUUACGAAUUAAACAUCUACCCAGCACUGGCUACAGUGCUAACAAAUGGAUUUGGUCUCAUGUUAUUUGCCAGGAUAGCGGAGUUUUUUCGACGAUGUCGAAGAACCAGGAAUGGCACGGCGAUCGCAGCACGAUAA